AUGAAUCAACCAGGACAUAUAGAAAAUGUUGUUGCAGCAAAGGAUCAGGAAAAAGUAGACAUAAAUCGUCUAAGACUUAAAGCUUCAGUUGCAGCUAUCCGGUGGCUCACAUUACAGUCUUGUGCUUUCAGAGGACAUGAUGAGAAAGCUGACUCAAAAAAUCAAGGGAACUUUCUUGAAUUGUUAAAGCUUCUUGCAGAGUUCAAUCCCGAUCUUGCCAAUGUCAUCUUGGGGAAUUCUCCAUACAACUGUAAGUACACAUCUCCAGAAAUUCAGAUGGAAAUCUUGAGCAUAUAUGCAUCUAAAGUUAGGAGACAUAUUCGUGAAGAAAUUGGGGAUUCUAAAUUCUCUAUUCUUGUGGAUGAGACAUGUGAUGUUGCAAAAAGAGAACAAAUGGCAUUGGUUUUCAGAUUUGUUGAUAAGAUGGGUUGUUCACAAGAGCGGUUCUUUGAGUUGAUACAUGUGGCUAAUACUAAGGCUCUAACAUUGAAAGAUGAAUUGUGCUCAGUAUUAUCCAACUAUGGCUUUGAUAUUCAGAACCUUAGAGGACAGGGAUAUGACGGUGCUAGCAACAUGAGAGGAGAGUUGAAUGGAUUGCAAUCACUAUUUCUUAAGGAAUGCCCAUAUGCAUACUAUGUUCAUUGUUAUGCUCAUAGAUUGCAACUCGCACUAGUAGAUGCAUCCAAGGAGGUGGUUCCUGUUGCCCAGUUUUUUCAGCAGCUAAUCUUUAUCAUAAACACCGCUGAUUCAUCCUCAAAGCGCCAUGAUGAACUCCAUGAUGCCCAGCUGGUAGAGCUAGCACGUUUGAUAGAAAGUGGAAGAGUUGAAACCGGUCAAGGGGAAAACCAAAUCAGAUCACUUAAACGGCCUGGGGACACUAGGUGGGGUUCUCACUACGGUUCAGUUCUCAGCCUUAUAAAAUUAUUCAAUGCAGUAAAUGUUGUGAUACAAGAUAUGGCUGCUGAUGGAUCAAUUGCUGGAACAACACGUGCUGAUGCUGACACUUCUUUCAGCUAUUUAUCCUCUUUUGAGUUUGUCUUUGUAUUAUGUAUGAUGAAGGAGAUACUAGAGAUAACUGAAGGACUUGGCCAAGCUUUACAACUAAGAUCACAAGACAUUGUAAAUGCUGUUCGUCUAGUAUCUGCUACAAAAGAGUGUCUUCUUCAGUUGAGAUCAGAUGAUGGUUGGGAACAAUUCUUCUUCACAGUUGUUGAAUUUUGUGUAGAGCAUGGCACCACGAUUCCGGACAUGGGGGAAACUUAUAUCAUGCGUGGAGGUCGAGCACGGCAUCAACCUGAUCAUUUCACUAAGGAGCAAUAUUUUCGAGUGGAAAUAUUCCGUGCAACUAUUGAUUGCCAGCUACAUGAAUUGGAUCGCAGGUUCAGUGAGAAGAUAAUGGAUCUUCUAUCCACCAGUGCCACUCUAAUUCCUAGAAACAGAUUUAAGUCUUUUAAAGGCAGUGAUAUAUGUGAGUUAGUAAAGAAGUACUACCCCGCAGAUUUUUCUCAACAAGACCGCUAUGGAUUAGAACAGCAACUGAAACCCUUUGUUAUUGAUGCUUCUAAUGAUGAAGAGUUGAAAAAUAUCUCAACCUUGACAAACCUUUGCCAUUGCCUUGUUGAGACGGGAAGAGAUGCUAUCUACAAUCUGAUUGUCAGAUUACUCCGUCUACUUGUAACUCUUCCAGUUUCUACAGCAAGCGCAGAACGUGCAUUUUUAAGUUUGAAGAUCAUCAAGACAAGGCUGCGUAAUAAAAUGGGAGAUGUGAAUCUUGCUAAUAAUUUGGUAGUUCACAUAGAGCGUGAAAUUGCUGAGAAGUAUGAUUUUGAGUCUGUUUUAACAGAAUUUAAGAGGAAGGGUGAUCGGAAAGCUGAUCUUUAG